UGUGGUAGCUGCAGAACAAUGGUGAAAGUUAUAUGAAGUGUUUAGGUCCAGUAGCUAACUCAAAGUUGGCAAGAUCAAUUUCAACGUCUUGUUUGCUGGUAAUGCUAGGCACAUGUGCAUGCAAAACCUGCAUUUAUGUAGCUGUGAAAUGAAGCAGGGGAAAAGGCCAAAGGAAAAAUUAUAUAAGAAAUGUAAUGUACAUUAUUCAGCAAAUGUGGAUUAAAAGAGAAGAUGUGUGAGCAGAGAAAAGAAGUGACAGUGCAAGAGAGAACAGGGCAAUGGAUGAAAUGAUAGAGUUUACCGAUGAUGAUUGUGUUGAUCUAAGAAGAAUGAUGGAGACUGUUGAUAGCAAUGAUGUAUCUGUGGACAUGGCACUCUUGUGGGAAAUGCAAAGCAGUUAGCUUCCAAAUCCACAUCAGGUUAUCGAUGGCACCCAAGAACUGGAACUUGGGGAGAUAGCAUGACAAGAUGGCGGCCGAAUUUAUAGCUCAAGGAAAAGUUCAACCAUUACGGAGCUAUUAGCCCAUUAGUCGAUGCUAUUUUUAUUGUUUGUGUACAUUAUUGUAGUUGUCAUGUCGGAGAAGUUAAAGUGCCCCUGACACAAAAUUUUUUUUCAGUCUAUUGAAAGUACUCGUUUAGUAUAGUGUCCUAGCGAAAGAAUUUUUCGAUUUCAUCAAAACGAAAAAAUUUUAGAGCCGUUUGAACAUGCAAAAUUUGGGCUUUUGGUUGGCAGGCGCCCGUGUUCGAAGGAAACUGGAACGAGCAAUUUUUGUUACGUCACGCAAGUGAGUCGGCAUACUCUAUUUAUAUUCGACUGACUAGACUUGGCGCAUAUAUAUGUAGAUUUGUGAUAAAAAAAGAUAUGCCUUUUUACUGUGUCGCAGCUAACUGCACCAAUAAAGCAUGUUUAAAAGAUGGAAUAAGUCUACACACUAUUCCAUACUUCAAUGAUGAACGUGUGGAAGCUAAAAGACGAAGAAAAGUAUGGGUUGAUUUUGUAUCCGCAAAGCGCUUGUUUGUGCCGUCAAAGACUUCGACUAUAUGCUCGGAUCAUUUUAUACCAGAGGAUUACGAGAGGCGAUUUUUUUCGUUGCCGGGGCUCAGCAAGCCUAACUACCCGAAGCUAAAGACUGACGAGCUGGGAGUUUGCGUUUUCCCUACCAUACAUGCGAAGACGAAGGAAGUUGUGCUCGAUAACCAGACGCAAAGUACGAGAAGCAAGCGAUUGGUAAGUGUUUACGCGUGUUUUCCCUUCAGAUUGUAUUUACUGUAGUAUUAUCAGGUGCUCCAUGUCAGCUAGCAAUUAUAUCGCUAACAGUUUCGUCUAUUAAUCUCUCUGUCUACAAGAUUAUAAGAAAUAUGCUUGACCAACCUGAAGAUAGUUCGUUUAUGUCACCGUUGACUGCCGAGAAAGCUUCGAAAACACCGAGGUCAUCGAGAACGAAGACAAAGGAUCAACCGGCCACGACAACCAACUCAGAAGAGAUGUUGAGUCCGUUUCCAGAAACUUUUGAUGAGCUCGUUAGUAAAACAUUGAUAAUUUCAUUCAAUAAAUAUCAAUAGAGAAUAAUACAUCAACAUGGGUGUGCGGAAAUACCAGAUUUAUUUCGAGUGUUGAACGUGAUAUCUCAAAUAGUGAAAUAUCAUGUUCAACACGAGAAAUAAAUCUGGUAUUUCCCAGCAUCCAUGUAUUUUUCUGUUUAUUAUACUCAGUAUAAAGGACAGUCUUUGAAAAGCUAUAUUUUUCACAUAAAAGCGGUAAUUGAAAAGCGAUAUAAAUUUUCACACGUGAACAUAGUCUCACAUGUGAGUUUAUCAGUGCUUGAAAUCUCCAUGAAGCACUAUACUUUAUAUAAUAAAAUAUGAUAAAUUUGUGAAAAUAUGUUUUCACGUAUUCACAACAGUUUUUAUAUGUCAUGUUUUUGAUUGCUUAUGAACAGCAAAGUCCUACCGAUGCAAAUGACAGUCAAAUAGACCAGUCCAUGGAAGGAGAUGACAAAGUUGAUGGAGAUGAUUUGUUGAUACAGAGAAACAGAAGGUUGAAAAAUAAAGUUAUUUCUCUUCAAGCAAGCCAAAAAAAGAAGGAUAGAGAAUUGAGAAAUAUGAAACGCAAAGGUGUGUGCAGCACUAGUAAACCAAGUAAUUAAAAAAAGAAAAUAUUGCCUGAAAAAAUAAGUUUAUAAUGUACCAGCAGGUUGAUGCAUAGAGAUGCCAAUGGCCCAGCCUCCAUGCGGCACGUGCCUGUUAGGUGUAACAGUCAUGUUCAUGGCAUUUGGUUUGAAAAAAUAAUCUUUUGUUCAGCGGUGGGGCAACAUAAAAAAGUGUGGGGAUUUGCAUGAUGGGGAGAGGAGUUAUCAUUUCAUUGAACAAAUGCAAUAAUCGUGUUAUUUUCUACAUUAAUAAUACUCUAUAGUAAACCUCCUUGAAGAACUGAUUCGACAUGACUCAACAGAAAGGAAUGUGGAGGAAAAAGAAGUCCUGUGUACAGAUGAUGUUUGCAUGGAUGAUUCAGAUGACGAGGUUGAAAGUGAGAUGGACCAACCAUACGUCAUGGAAAUGGACGAAAUCUCUGCUUCUGAAGAUGAAAAUGACUUAGAAGAUGAACCAGAAGCUCAGUAAGUAAACAUGCAACAGUGAAUUCUCAAUUGUGUAGAUGCAAACUAGUAAAAAGGGGAAAAGCAGUCUCUUUCUAGCUGGUAUCAUUGUAAUUACCUCUCCAGAAGUCUUGGCAGAUGAAGAUUCCUUACAACCGUAAAAUUUAAAAAAGUGUUUUUACUUUAUAGGUUGCCAACAAUUGAUGGAAAUAUCAGAACAGAACCAAAAUUUAUUGUGUUUUGGACACAACUCCUUCUACUCUUCAAAUUCUGCCACUCCUGCAAGUCUGACAACCCUUUGAUCAAGACACGCCAAGUUGGCACAAAGGUUGUUGUAACCACAACAUGCAGUAACCCCCACAUGCAAUCAGAAGAUUUCUAGUUGGCACAGUCAACCGAACAUGCCCAAUAUGAAAAUGUCUGCUGGAAACUUUCUUCUGUCCAUGGCAACUUUGCUAGCUGGUGGAUCAAUGACAAAAGUUACACAAAUUUUCCCACACAUGGGUCUUUCAUGUAUUUGUUUGCGCACAUACUUUCGUUGCCAGCGAGUAAGUAUGGCCUCUUAUGUGCACAUAUUUUACAAGUAGAAUAUAUAUUCUACUUGUAAAGGAGUUGUGAAGGAAUGGAUGAUGGAGACUAAACCAUUGUAUUGCAUUUAAUUAAUAAUUAAUGAGUUUAUAUCUUCAUUUGUAGAAACUGCUGUUUCCAGCUAUAUUUUUACAUUGGAAUAAAUAUCAAAAGAAUUUACUGCAGAAAGCUAAGGAAGCAAAAGAUGGUGUAAUCAUUUCUGGGGAUGGACGUCGUGAUAGCAUGGGCCAUUCAGCAAAAUUCUGUGCGUACACAAUAUUUUGCAGUACUUUUGCAAAAAUUGUACACUUCGACCUUGUGCAGGUAAGUCAUGCAUGGCAGUACAUCGAUAUAUGGAAUGACCAAAUCACCAGAUACACCAACAGUACUUUAUAUACGGUAUACAAUAUUUAGUGUCUGUUUCUGUAUAACAUUUACUAACUUGUAUUCCCUUUUAAUAAAUUACAGAGAAACCAAGCAGGAAGCAGUCCAGCUAUGGAAUUCAUGUGCUUUAAACUCUGCAUGGACUACCUUAUUGGAUAUGGAAUUCGCAUUACAACAUUCAUUUCUGACCGACAUACCUCUAUUGCCAAGUACAUGAGAACAAAGUUGACGAACAUUAUUCAUUACUUUGAUAUCUGGCAUUUAAAGAAAAGUUAGUACCCAAUGGUUGUUAUUUCACUGAAAACACUAGUCUGUGCAGUACUUCAUGUAAGCUGAUUUUUGUAUCUGUGCAGUUGGAGAUUUGGGGCAUGCUUACAUGGAGUAUAUAAUACCAAUAUCCUGGCUGAUCCAUAUGUAAUGUUUGUAAUGUUAAUCCUAUCCUAUCCAGUAGCAUUGUUUGGUAUCACCACUUACAUCUGAUAUCAAAUUUUCAUUCUAAAAAUCCGAAAGGUCCUGUCAAAAAUUUCCAAGGAAAAAGACUUUGAAGAACUAAAUGAGUGGAUAAAACCUUGCGAAAAUCACUUGCAUUGGAGUGCAACAUCCACUUUUGAUGGUAACGGGCUUGUGAUUUGGGCAAAAUUUAAGUCUUUCCUCAAGCAUAUUGUCAAUAAGCACUCAGAUCACAGUGAUCCACUGUUUAAUCAAUGUGCUCAUAAAGCCGACAUUCCACCAAGGAAGUGGUUAACUGAAGGUGAGUAGAGAAAACCUGCCAACAAGAGAUUAUGGUUGGGUAACAUGUCUUGUUUUAUUAACCAUGGAAACUGUUUUCUUCAGGUUCAUCAUUGCAUGAAAGAAUUUCAAGUGCCCUAACAAACUCAAGGCUUGUCAAGGGGAUUCAGCAAGCAUCACCACUGGAUCAGACCAGCUGUUUGGAAGGCUUCCGCAGUGUUUUAAACCAUUUUGCUCCAAAGAUGAUCGCAUAUAUAGCUAUGUUGGACAAUACUGUAGGUUAGUAAUGAACCAUACUGUAUUACUGUAUGCUGACUAAUAGAUUUGUUGUAUGCUGUACAGUAUAUAUUAGCCCUUUAAGUGGCAAUGCGCCCUACUUUAUUAUUUUACUCUAAUGCCAGACAAUUUUACUCAUCAGUGGGAGAGUGCUGCCACUCAAUGGGUUAAUAUUAUACUUUACCUCAAAUUUUCCAAUGAGAAAAGUGCAUUUGUACCGCUAUGACGUGACCACUGAGAGUAUAUCACACACUAUUGUGUGAGCAAUGAAAAAUGGCAGCAACGUACACACGAUGUACAACGGUAUUGACAGGUAAAAUUGUGUUGUUUUUAAGUGGAUGUUCUUUUUUUAAUAUUUAGACAUAUAUUGGCUGUCAUGCACUUCAAUUUUAAUCUGCAACGAGAGAACACAAAAAAGGCAGACAAUCAAGGGAAAAUAAAAAUUACAUACCCCAAAUUCAAAAAUGGCGAAGCAACAGUAAGGGAUGUGAGAGUUACACCAAACUUUGGUAAGUUUUUUUAAAGUUUAGUUUAGUUAGUAAGUUUAGUUUAUUUAUUUCAAUUAUUACAUAAUUCUAGAAAUUUGUUUUCUACUCAAUUUAAUAAUUUUAAUUCUCCUAAACCUUUUGUAGGAUAUGUCCAGGAUAUCUAUGCAACAUUUCUGACAGCUACUAAAAAAGAAUUAGAGAAUGCUGCCAAGAAGUUGGAAGAACCAGAACCCAUGAAUGCAAUGCUUGAGAAACAACCAAGGACUCAAGCAAUUAACAAAUGUAGAGAAAGGAAAAACAUGAUAGCUGAAGACGUUCCACCCACAACCCCAGGUAUUAACCACUAUAGUACGAUUUUGUUGUUAAAAUAAAAGUAUAUAAAUAUCUAAACUGUAUGAUCAAUAGGAAAUAUAAUUUAUUGUAAUUUACAUUUUUUUCCCUUCUUUAUUUCAGUUUCUGAAGUUCAAAGAGAAAAAGAGACUGGUGCGAGAACAGAAAAAAAAACCCACACUGCAUGGCUUGCAAGCAUCCCAUGAAGGGACACAAAUAUGUUCAAGAUUGUCCUAGAAACAGUGGACAGAGAUGAUUAUCUGUUAUAAUAUGUACAUAUUAUUAAAUUAAAUCCACUACGGUAUUUCCAAUAAUAAAGUUCCAAUUUGUCAGUGCAGUGCCUGGUUAUAUUACCGUACAUUACUGCGGAUUCAGGUAGACCAUUUAAUGCGAAUAGUUGUUGUGUUAGUUCGAAUGGUUACACAAUGACGUUUCUAAGCAGAUUUUCAAACGUUUCUAAGGCGUGGCUUCAAUGUUUAUUUUCAAAAUUUAACCAUUGUAAUUACAACAUUGAAGCCACGCCUUAGAAACGUUUGAAAAUCUGCCUAGAAACGUCAUUGUGCAACUGUUAAAACCAACACAAUAACUAUUCACAUUAAACGGUAUACCUGAAUCCGCAGUACCUAUAAUUUCAAUCAGUCUUAAAAAUGGCAAUUGCCAUAAAAAAAUUGUAAAUUCAUAGCAGUUUUAUAUUGGAACCUAGCAAGAUUGAUCAACUAAUUGUUACCCACUCUUCCCAACCCUUUACAUAAAAUUCCAGAAUCAGGGUAGGUUGGGUCUACAUUGACUGGUGCAUAACUUGGUAGUUUUUUAUCAAUCAGUGUCAAUAAAUCCAGUAAGAUCCUCCUUUUUUGCAACAGGAAAUAUGCUCCGUAUCAUUGUGUACGCACAAGAUGGUAAUGGUAUCCUUCUGUUUCCAAGUAAGCCAUAUACCAUUCUAGUAAAUUCUCUAUACGAGACACUCUGCAGGGAGCUAAAAACAAAAAUAUUGUAUGACAUAUUAUUCACUACACUUUACCAUAUUUUUUUCACUGUGUAGAUGCCCGGCAGUCAUCAACUAGUAAUCAUAAUAAAAAUAGCUCAUAUAUCAUUUUAGCAAUAUAAAAAGGUUAUUUUGUAAUGAAUUUCAGUGAGUUUACUUUGUUAAUUGGCUCAGCGGCUAAAUCAUUCUGAAACGGUUGUGGGGGCAAACCCCCUCGAUUCUGCUGCAUGUUGUGACCAGUUUUAGCCCUCCUCAACCUUCAUGGGUUGGAGGUUAGGGCUGGGGUCAUGAUUGGGACCAGAUUAUUUUUCAAAUGUGACUUUAACUAUAAAUGCCAGACAUAUCUAGUUCUACUACCCAGCUGCCAGGCAUAUAAACACAGGGGUUUUUUUCAUAGACAUGUAAUACCACAUUAGCAUAAGUGCUACAAGUUGGCCAUAUUUUUUUGGUUUUUGCAUGUCACAGGUUUUGUUUACAAACAUGUGAAAUUCACAAUGGAUUUGCCAUUUUGCACUUUAUAAUUUUGAACUCUACAUUCACUUCAGAUAACAUCAAUGUAGUACCACUUUAUAUAAUACCAAAAAUAUGCUGUAAGGACUGCCUUAUUUUAUAUAUGUACAGUGUACACACAGACCUGUCUUCUGAAUCCAUCUGAUGAUAUCUAGCUUUAUUUUUGGUUUUGUACUUGUCUGCUGUACAGUACUUGUCUGUAGACUCCAUUUUUGCAGGCAAACUGGGUCAAAACCAGGAUGUUCUGUGAUGCAUUUCAGACAAGCGUCUUGGCCAACAUCAUUGAGUACUUGCUCACUGACAAGUGCUUGUCCACAUUCGUCGAUCUCGCAGCAGCACAAACACUCAUUGGGAUUACUGAGAACAUCCCUACUACAGUUUCCACAUUUACACCUAUAUUGGUAAGAGAGUUUUAAAUUAAAACAACAAAAUAUCGCGAAACUGGCAUGAAAUGUUAAAUAGAUUGAAAUUUAUAUAUUUGUAAGCAUAAAAUUAUAAAAUCAAGAGUUCAAAACAGGUUUUGGCCAAUGGCCCAAUAUAAUUAAUAUUUGUCUUACCAUUCACUAAUUUCCAAGGAGCCGUCAAACCUUUUACGCAAAUUUUCUUCAUAUUGUAUACGUUCAUUCUCUGCCUUUUGGUAAUUUCGUAUCCAUUCCUCAUCAGCCAAAGGCUCUUCGGAAUAUGCCAAACCGAGCACAUUUUCGUUGUCUUCAAGUCUCGAAUUUGCUUUGAGCUGUUUAAAAGAUCAGGAUCUUCCAACACAACAUAACCAGGAAUAAAAUUCACAUCGGAAUCAUCGGACUGAUAGCUACUGUCGGAUUCUGUUGUCGACAUGAUAUUUAAUAGAAUUUAGAAUGAAAAACCCUUCAGCUAGCGAUCAAACCUUCGAGCUGAUUAUACAUCAAAACACUACAAACAGACAUAGAGAUUCGACUCACUUGCGUGACGUCAGAAUAAAUGCUAGUGCCAGACUCCUAUCGCCGACGGCCAUUAGCCAAAAAUAUUUGGAUUCAAACGGCUCUAAAAUUUUUUCAUUUUGAUGAAAUCGAAAAAUUCUUUCGCUAGGACACUAUACUAAACAAGUACUUUCAAUAGACUGAAAAAAUUUUUUGUGUCAGGGGCACUUUAACAGAGAAACAACAAAAGACUUUAGAGUCGCUUUUAGAUUCUAAAUUUGAAAUUAUUACCGAUAAACUUUGUGAAAUCGACAGGAAGGUUGAAGAGGCCUCGAAAUCUCUCUCCUUCCUCAGUAAUAACAUGCAAGACGCAUUAAAUAAACUGAAGAAACUAGAAGAGGCCAACCAAGAAAAUUCCCGAUAAGGAGAUUGCAAAGCUCAAAUCGGAUCCAAAGGUCGCCAAAGAUUGUCUACACACAUAUCAAAAAGUAUAUUUCAAGUUUAUAAGUAAUAAGUAUUUGAUUCAAUUCCUUUCGUGGCGUGACAGACCUGCGGAUGCC